CCUGCGGGAAGGAGAAGGUGGAGUUUGGCCCUUUGUUCUAGAGCCUGGAGAGCUGGUCAAACAGGAAGAGCUGAUUUCAAAUUGCAGUUGUAGGGCUGGAGGAGGAGGAGGAGGAGGAGGGUUGAUGCUGAGAGCCAGGCGGCACCAGAAGAAGCGCGAAAUAGGUGGAUGGUCAAGAAGUGCCAAGGCAGCUGCAGCUGCAACAAGGCCAGCUCCCAGGUGCUCUGCAGAGACAACGAGAACAGAGGACUUUAACUCAUGUAUUUUGAUGGCCUGAUCCCAAACUGCAAAGAUGUGUCGGCUGGGUCACCUUGACUCCAGCAGCGCCCAGAAGCUCUUGAUGAAAACAGGACUCAUCCUGAUAGUCAUUGGCCACCUAAACUUCAUCACCAGCGCUCUGGUCCAUGGGACGGUGCUGCGGCACAUUGCCAACCCGCAUGACACCAUUUCCCUGCAGUACGCCAUCUCCAACAUUGUGACCGUGAUCUCUGCCAUCUUGACAAUCUCCUGCGGAAUAGCAGCAAUUGUGCUCUCCAGAUAUGUAUCCCGGAAAUCACUGAGAUGGGCCGUUUUCUCCCUCAGCAUCAGCAGUGUCCUCCUCUCGCUGUUCUGCUCAGUGGGGCUGGCCAUCGCCAUCAUUUACACAUUCAUCAACAACGGGCGAUCCCUCCUGGCUCGUUGCACCUUUGCCAACGUGGAUAUCAUCCAGAUUGCACACGAGUGCCCUUUUGACCCCACCCGGGUCUAUAGCUCUGCUUUGGUCCUUUGGGGCAUCUCCUUCCUCCUGGAUGCCAUAGAGAUCAUCUUCAGCAUUCGAUGCUUCCUGGUCACCCUUGUGCUCCUGAAUCUGAGGCUGUGUCACAGGCGGACACGCAAGAAGAAGGUACAAAUCUCCUUGCACCACCCUCCUGAUUCAGGUGUCCCUGCAGAUUGUCAUGCCUGAGACCAGAGAAAGCUGCGAGGGCCACAAUCUCCUGAGGUUGGACCGCAUGGAGACAGCGCGGCUCUAGAGGCCAGUUGUUGCCGCCGCCCAGAUUGCGGCUGCUCUUGCCGUGUCAUCUGGUGGCUUCCUCUGCUUCGUGGUCCAGCCUCGCUCCAGUCUGCAUGGACGUGGCCCCUCGUGCUCCUCUCUGCAGUGGGCGAGGCCCAAAGCUUAGCAACUGGGCUCCAGAAGCGAGAGAACAGUGGCCUCCCUUGAGGCCCAAACCUUUUACUGCUCUGAUUAGCACUCUGGUGCUUUGUGCUGAGAAAUCGACCCCAAGCGCUCCUCUCCUCCAGAACGAAGGGAGCUGCUGGGCCCACGUGGCUCCCGUGAGCAUCUGAAAUGACUCUGCGGGCCAUUGCACUGAGACAAAAAAAACCCUUUUAUUUUUGAAGCUAUUAAAAACAAACAAAGCCUGUGGUUCCCUUCCCCCUCCCGCUUCCUGCAUGCACUCCUGUGAUGGAUGGAUGAAGGACUGAUGCUUCCACUUCUGCAAUGGGGUGGAGCUGGGUUCUUCUCCAGAGCGGAGGGGUGGCAAUACUCUCAGCCAUUUCUGAGGUAGAAAAGGGGACUGGAGCUCUGUCGUGAGCAAACAGCCCUCUUUGAAGAAGGAGGGUGGUGGGUGGGAUGGCAUUGAUUAACGAAUGCUCCCUUGGACUAAUCGGGGGGG